AUGAAAGGAGGUUACGUCUUUGGAAAAGUUAAUCGGCGAGCUGAAAAAGUUCUAUGGGCGGUAGCACUUUUGUCGUUAGUGUUCAUCAUCGCCGAAUUUACCGGUGGCUUAUUCGCAUCGUCGUUGGCCAUCAUGACCGAUGCUGGUCACAUGCUGUCAGACUUACUCUCAUUCAUCAUCUCAAUUAUGGCCAUAAGAAGUGCAAGACAACCACCCAGCAAAAGGCUCUCAUGGGGUUACGAAAGAGCCGAAAUCCUUGGAGCAAUGGUUUCAAUCAUUAUUCUUUGGGUCUUGACCACAGUACUUGUACUGUUGGCCAUUGAACGGAUAGUCAACAAUGACUUGAGUGUUGACGCAGACAUUAUGCUGAUCACCGCCGGUGUUGGCGUAGGCUUCAACAUUAUCAUGGGUGGUGUAUUGCACUUUGGCAGUGGUGGACAUGGACAUGGUCAUGUAGGACAUGGGUAAGU